AUGAACGCUGAGUUAGAGAUACAAACCUUCGAGCCGGUGUCCUUCGAAAUGAGGAGUCCACGAGGCAAUGUAAAUGUUUUACUUGACAUCUUGAGCAAGGUGCUGGAAACUUGGCUCUUGAAUCGCAUCGGAGCUGUCUUGACUUGCCGAUGGACUGGCCUGCUAUGUGGGAUUGAAGCCAUAUUGAGCGAUCGGAAGAGGAGCAGGAAGAAGGUUCCCCAGGCAACAAUCUAUCACCUAGACGAAAGGGAAUGCCUUAUUAAGGGCGGACGGAUUGCAAUCCUGAUGAAACACCGGUUGACACGGUGGGCCUUGGCCCGAGCAAGCUUCAGCUACGAGGUGCUAAGCCUCUUCGAUGCCAAGGUGGCACAGGUGACCCUUCCAAACACGCCUCAAUGUUCCACUGUGUCUGACCUCCUUCUCCUUUUCCUUCAUUCUUGGUCACAGCCUAUCUCAACCGUCGUUCAAAGUCAUCUCAUCAACCCACAACCCAUACCAACCAAUAUCAACAUCCUUAGCCCAAGCCUUCUACAACCACACUUCAUAAACCCGACCGUACAGUUUAGUGGCAGAACGCACGGAAUCCAUUCCCCGUCCUGGUUUGCGAAUGAGGUGGUGAACUUAGAUUUGAUCUCUAGUGCGGCCCCUGCUAUUGUAGAAAGCCAACGCAACAUUCAACACUCGCCCUCCAAAUCACUCCCCCUUACCACCAUCCCUAAGUUCCCCCCGUCGGUGUAUUUCAGUGGCAGAAUACACCUCCCUCGUCCGCAGCCCAUUCACUCACUUCCGACACCUUGCCAACCCUCCAUCACGCCACCCAUCCUCUCAGUUGGGCUCAGGGGCACUUCCUCACUGUUCGAUAUUUCCAUAAUGUGGGUGAAUGGGCUGCUGACGAGGGAGUGUGGACCCAGGUUCGGUAAGGAUGCCGUCAUUCCUGGCGCCGGCCUCUUGUUUCGGGUGGUGCUGAGCAGAGGAUUUUGGGACCAGAACCGCGUUUCUGACGAAAGCAUGGACACUAUCAAUCACGGCCUAGGGGGAUUUGACUUGAUAUUCGUUUGGCGCCGGUAUAACAUGAAAUCGGAUUUCAUGUUCCCAGCAACCUUCGCCACCACUAAACCGCCUUCCCUACCUCCUAUACUAUCUAUAACCACACCGCAACCUCCACCGCCACAGUCUCCCAUCUCCGCUGUCUUCAACCCCUUUCCCCCCUCAUUGACAGCCAUCAUCGUAAGACCAAACCCUACCUGGAUCUCGACUAUCCCCAUAUCUAGCGGAAUACAUUCCUUCUUAGUUGGUGUAUUGGAUGAGGCUGUUGGUUCAGAGAGAUAUUUGGGAGGUUUUACGGAGGUGAUUAGGAUGUCGAAGCUUGAUGGGCUUCCUAAGGACGUGGUAGGAAGUGUUUUCAUUCUGGAGGAUGCGGAUUUACACGAAUCAAUGCCUUGCGGCGAUGGACCUUCGCCAGUUCCUUCCACGAAGUCUAUGGACGCUAUGAUACCAAGCAUGCCAGCCGUAUUAUCUUAUUAUGUGUCUGCAGUAGCAUAUAUUCUCGCCCCAUUCUCGUACACCCCGAUCAGAGCAAAUAAAUUCAAUCCCAACCUUGGUUGCUCGAUUCACCAGAUCUUCAGGCGCCGUUAUGGGCUUUUUCCGCUAUCGAUUCUUUCAAACAUAAUAUUGCCUAGUUCUGUGAGGAGCUUCGAUGCUUCCUCCCCCGUGGAUAUGGGUUUCGCUGAGAACUUGUGUCAGCUAAACGGUGGCUUUUGGGGAUUCUUUCAGUAUUGCGAAAAUCCAAGCCGCAUUUUAUAUUAUUUCAAAGUUCCAUCUUCCUACUCCAUCCCCCAUAUGCAGCUCCAUGAUGAAUUGAAGUAA